CAAGUGUGAAAGAAUAUUAUCUUCUUCCACUUUCAAUCUUAGCGGUCAAAUGAGUCAACCAAAACUCCAUAAUUAGACUCUCUCUUUUUGUUUAUUAAAUAAACAUUUGAGGUUAUCAACGUGCGCGUUAAUUUCGGUUUGGAAGAAAAAAUGAUAAAAAAACAAAAAUAGAGUUGACUAAUUUUCCUAUAAAUAUCAAGUUUUAAAGAAACCAAACCCGUCAUCAAAUCAUCUCUUUUACAUAUAUUUCUCCACCGAAGAAAACAUCAUAAAAAUGGCAAACUUCUCUGCUCUUCUCACGAUAACUCUCCUCCUUUGCUCCACGCUGAUGUGCACCGCCCGUCCCGACCCGACCUUUUCGGCCUCUAUCACAAUUGUUACGGCUGACCCGCUGGAAAAGAGCAUAGAAGGAAAACUGGAUGAUGUGGCAGAAGAGAACUGUGGUGCUAACGACGAAGAUUGCUUAAUGAGGAGGUCUUUGGUUGCUCAUGUUGAUUACAUCUAUACCCAGAAACAGAAGAAGAAUCUUUGAUAUUUUCACUUAUAGUACUUUGAUUAUAUAUCUAACAAAGUAUUGCUAAUACACGUUUGUGAUUUGUGUGUCAUCCUUAAUUAGUAGAGUAUUUUUCUAAUAGAUCAUCAAAAAAGUUAUGGCUGUGAUUAAUUGUUAUAUAGUUCUACCUACGAAAUUUUGCCAAAGUCUAUGUACACUUAAAGGUCGGUUCAGGAAACUAUUUUGAUCAUAACAACAUGUUGCUUGUAUGAUUAA